UCCCUCACACAAGCUGUGUGUCGCCUCCGGGAGAUGGUCAUUCCCUCUCCAUGUGAAUAGGAGGAGCCUUUAGUUUUAGAGGACACGACUUCAAGUCCAGGUGCUGAGGAGAGGGAAUGAGCGAGAGGGGUGGUGUGGUUUAUGCAGGUAAACACUAGUAAUCUCGACCACAGAGAGGCAAGUGCGGAGUUUAGCCCACACCCAGCACGCUUGCGGACACCGUCCCGAUCCACCUGUGUUGCUGUAUCUUCAGCAACCCGCGAGUGGGAAGCAGCCAAUGCCACUGCGCUCUCGACUGUGGACGGUGCUCGCAGGUCAGAGGAUGCGUAAAAAUGCUUAGUAACUGGAAUAGCAGGUGCUGGAAGAAGGGCGUCCGACUGUCAACACGUCUAAACUGUGCGCAUAGCGCCGAGCGCUGAUGUUCAAACCAUGGAGAAACAAGCUCUUGCAACGGCUCUGAGCUUGUCCAUGAGCGUUGUCUCUUUACUCUUGCUGGUCACCGCUAUCUUCACCGACCAUUGGUACGAGACAGACACCAGAAGGCAUAAGGAGAACUGCGACGAGUAUGGGUCGGAUUCUAACGACCAGAAAAACAGGGAGAUGCCAAUAUACCACUUGCCUCUUGUGGACAGCGGUAACUCCAAACGGAACGUGGCGCUUAUGAAGCCGAUUCACGUCGGGAGUAGAGAGGAGGAAUUGCUUGAGAACUGGAGGGCGAUACUGGGGAUGGGGAUUCUUGAGACGGAAUGUGGGCGUCCGUUGUUCUCCACAUAUUCUGGACUGUGGAGAAAAUGCUACUUUCAAGGCAUGGACCGAGAUAUCGAUAAACUCAUAUCAAAGGGUAUUGCGGACCGAUGCACAACUGUCAAGUACCAUUUCUCUCAGCCCAUUCGGCUUCGAAACAUCCCGCUCAACCUGACGAGAACCAUUCAGCAAGAUGAAUGGCAUCUCUUACAUCUGCGGCGAAUCACGGCGGGGUUCCUGGGGAUGGCGGCUGCCGUUUUGUUGUGUGGCAGCAUUGUGGCCACAGUGGGCUUCUUUUGGGAGGAGAGCCUCACCCAGCACGUCUCCGGCCUGCUCUUCCUCAUGGCAGGGAUCUUCUGCACCAUCUCCUUGUGCACCUACGCCGCCAGCGUCUCCUAUGACCUCUCGCGGAACCCACCCUUCAUCUACGGACUGCCCGGCGACGUGGACCAUGGCUACGGCUGGUCCAUCUUCUGCGCCUGGGUCAGCCUGGGACUGACCGUGGCAUCAGGCUGCCUCAGCACCACCUACCCCUUCCUCAGCCAAACCAAGGCCCUGCACUCCAAAACCGCACGGGAGUCCUCAGUAUGAGCGGUAUGAGCAGUGUGAGAGAAUUGAGUGCCCCCUGUAGAUUCGGGGGGGGGGGGAAUUGUUGAUGUGGACAUUUUGUUGCUGACUGAAAACCAAUAUAAGAGGAGAUGCUUUAUUUUUUAUGAAACCAGAGAUGACAACAUAGUGUUUCAGUGAGAUGUGGGAAUCUUGUUGCUCUUUUGUGGACUCUUGUCAUCCUUUAUCGAGGUGUUAUGCAAGGUGCAGGUGUUAUGAUGUGUUAUUUAUGUGUGUUUGUAUGUGCACACAGGCAAACUCACACAUACAUAUGGACCUACACACACAAAUUGUUAGUUCUCUCUCUCUCUCGCUGUCUCUCUCUCUCUCUCUCUCUCCAAGACAUGGAGAACAACAUGAGAGUGAAUAACAUGAAACAACAUAAAUACCCACACAGGCAUACCACACACACAUAAAACAUGUGUGUAUAUAUUACCAUAUAUAUGAAAAGGGCAUACUUCUUAUUGGUGGUUUGGUAAGAUUGAAUCAAAUGGACAUUGUAUAAAAAUACUAGUAUCACUUUGAAAGCAAGAACCCUUUUUUUUCAGAUGUAAGUGGUAUAUUUUCAAAACUCUUAAGUACAAAACUCUAAACUGAUAACAUGUGUAAUGCCCCCUAUCUUAUGUUCAGAACUUUUGACUGUGCAUUCAGCAGGGUUUCACACAUCUUUCACCCCUGAGUCAUUAAUGCAAAAUCAAAGUUUUCCUCAAAUACCACAAGCACAUUUUUUUUGGUCACCAAUACAUCAGAUAAUGAUAGGCUCACCAUAUAGUCAUUUGAACUACCACUUUCAAUUGUUGUUUUUUUCAAUCACUUUGGCGCAAUUUUCAUUAGUAUAUGGUACAUUUUCGCAAAAAUCAAAACAGAUCAUCACAAUCGCUCAUGUUUCAAAACUUUAAGCACAUUUUUAAUUGACUGAGUAAAACAAACAAAUUCACAAAGUCACUUGUUCACUGCACCAAAUCACCUUUUCAAUUUAGAUAAAUAUUCAAUAUAUAUGUCUGCUUUUCAAAAUGCAAUAUUCACUUUACUUUUGAUAUUAGUUUCUUGUUAUUUGUUGACAAUACUAUAAACUAUCACUUAAUCAAACUGCUCAAAAUGGCUGAACCACAAUUAUGUACUGCCUAGUUAACAUAUAUAGUUUGAUAACUGUUGAACACUGUAAAUGUCUACAUUUUUACCUAAAUGUAUCAAUUUGACAUCAAUUUAUGCUGGAAGUUUUGAAACAUGAGCCAUUUUCAUUAUCUGUUUAGAUUUUUGUGUUUGGAGUUGUGUACCACAUACUUGUGAAAAUUGCACCAAAGUGAUUGAAAAAAACUGUUAUCCACAGCCUAUGAGAUCCGAUGGAUUCGAUUGGUAAUUUCAGUUGUGGCAAUCAAAUUGUACAAAGUUUUUAGCAAACCCAUUAACCAGUCCCUUCCCAAACAGAUGAGGCAUAAUCACUAAUAAUUUGCCAGACUGUGAGAAGAAUGCUGACAAUGAUAGACAAAGGACUACAGGGUUUGUUGCUUACAUAGUUGAGGAAACUCAUUUUUCUCGCCCAACACAAAUGGUGUACAAUUCUACAUUGAAAUGUGAAAACAGUGGAAACUGGAUGAGAUAAUGUUGACACCGCUUGAAUGGAUGUAAGACUUUUGUGUUGAACCAUUAUCACAGAUAUUCUGAGCAGCCAACAGUGAGCGGUGGGCUCUGAAAGUUAGUUGCUGCCCCAUGGAAUGGCCAGCUUUCGCAACAACUCUAUCUGACCUGGAAGACUUGUAGGGACCUUGAAUGGCUUGUGGGGACAUUAAAUGACAUGGGUGGACCUUGCAGGUUAUGUAUGUUCAACUCAGCGUGCUGUUUCAGAAGCAGAGCAGCAUUUCUGAAACAGUACAAUGAGCUUCAACUCUUCUCUAUGAAUUGUAAAUAAAAGAUUAUCAACAAGAACGUAUGUUAAGAGUUUAUGACAU